ACACACAGACAGAGUGAGAGACAGGGCUGGGGUACACCUGAUCUUAGGAAGGGAGGGUAGCUCCUCUGCCAGCCCUACAUACACAUACACUUACACACACACACACACACACACACACACACACACACACAUAUACAGUGCUAACAGGCAGAGGCAGUGAGCCAGCCAGCAGAGAGCCUGUCGACCAGCAGCCAUGACAGAGACCGAUACUCUGAGCGAGGCACUGAAGGCCAUCAGUGUGAGUACAGAGCUGAUCGAGGAGGAGCUCAAGCCACAUUUGGACACAGUGCUGGCUGCUCUGUUGGAAAAAAAGAAGGAUGCUGCUGUGGAGAUCGCCAGAAGUGGGAUUCUGCCCACGCUGGCUCAGGCCUUACGGAGUAAAAGCAGCCUGAGCUGCCAGGUGGCUCUGGUGGUGGCAGAGAUGGCAAGAGAAGCUGCAGUCAGGGAGCCGUGCAUCAAAGCAGGCCUGGUGAAGGUCCUGGUUCCCCAUCUGAACUGCAAUGACGAGGAGAUGCUGCUAAACACUGGCAGGGCCAUCGGACGCAUCUGCUUUGACAACUCAUACCAACAGGACCAGUUAGUCCAGAAUGGUGUAAUCCCCAGACUGGUGUCCAUUAUAAGAGAGUAUCCAGAGAACGACCCGCUGGUCAACGUCUGCCUGCUGGCCCUCUGUAACCUUGCUGACAUGGACUCUGCGAGGGACGCCCUGGCAGAACAAGAUGUGGCAGAUGUCCUGACGUUACAGCUGAAGCGGGCAGCUGAUGCCGAGCGCCGACAUGUCAUCCUGGAAAUCCUUGGCUCGCUGGGCGAGAGUGAUGCGCUGAAGCUGCAGUUUGCAGAGUCAGGAGUACCAGAGGCUUUAUCUGAGAUGAUCCGGCGUCUGCAGGGAGGUUCUGACCCCCAUGACCUCUGCAGCAUCAAGAUCGCCUCCAACCUCAUCGUGUCCCUGCUCUUGGGAGAUGAAUCUAUGCAGAAGUGUUUUGGAGAGGGAACAGGUCUGGUGUAUCAGGACGUUCUGUCUUGGCUGCAGAGCUCCAACACCCAGCUGCAGCUGUCCGGAGCCCUCGCCAUCGCCAACUUCGCCAGGAAUGACAGUAACUGUGUAAAGAUGCUGGACCUUGGUGUGGUUCCUCACAUCCUGACCCUGCUGGAGCAGCAUGUGGACGAAGGAGACGUGUCUGUUCAACAUGCUGGACUGAGCGCACUCAGAAACCUCGCCAUUCCUGCUACCAACAAAGUGCGGAUGCUGGAUGACGGGGUGACUGAGAGGAUAAAGACCCUGCUGCGCUCCGACAUGCCACCAGUUCAGUUCAAACUGCUGGGGACACUACGUAUGAUGGUGGAUGGACAAGAAGAGGCAGCGUUGGUGCUGGGGAGAGAUGCAGAACUGCUGGCUCGGGUCAUGGAGUGGUGUCAAGCUAAAGACCACGCAGGAGUCCGAGGAGAAGCCAGUCGCCUCCUGGCCGCCUUCAUCAGACACAGCCGCAGCCCUGAAGUUGUCCAUGCUGUAGCCAAAGCAGACGGGGUUCGGCACCUUAUCUCCAUGGCAACAAGUGAACAUGUCAUCAUGCAGAAUGAGGCCCUGGUUGCCCUGGCCAUAGGAUCUGCCAUUGACAUUGAAUGUAUGAAGGAUCCAUUCAAGGAGGCAGAGCUGUUGCCCAUGCUAAAGAAGAUGUUGGAGGAUCCUGUGGGGGCGGUCGAAGUCAAGUUCAGUGCUUUAGGUCUCAUCUGCAGCCUAGCUAACUCCAGUGUGAUGAAGGACGAGUUGAACUCUGUGAACAUGAAGGAAAGCCUCAGUAAACUGACGGAUCACAGCAGCAGUAAACUUGCCUCACAGGCCGGCUCCAUUCUGACCACUCUCAGUGACACCAGAUAAACCAGCACACUGCAGCAACACAGGAUGUCAUCUGCUGUAUGGAGCUAUCCAUCUUAUUCUUAUCCAAUGACAUACUUUAAUUCAAGUGAUCUCAC